GCCAUCGGCCGCGCCCCACCAACGUCGGGCCUCCUCUCCUGCCCCGUCAUCGCCGGGGAGCGGACGCUCCACCACCGCCCCAACCCCCGCCAUCAUCGCCCCGCCGCCGCCUUGCACCCGCGCCAUGUCACCAUCAUCCAGCCAACACCGGUCGCGGCCCCACCAACCCCAGGCCUCCUCUCUCGCCAUGUCACCGUCCUGGAGCGGACGCCCCGCCAUCGGCUGCGCUCCACCAUCGGCAGCCCAAUGGCAUCCAGGCUCGAGGUCCUCCUCCACCUCAUUCCUCAUCCCCUGGAUUGGAUCCAUACAUGUGCUUGCUGGUGAUUCCACGCUGUUAUGUCUGUAUUUGGGAUCUCUUGUUACACUUUUGGGAGGCAAAAUUUUAGUUUCAGUCGAGUUGGUGUGCCUUCGAGUAGUAGGAAAACGCAAUUCAAGAAUAUUACAAUGGUCGGGCGUGCUUCUAAUUGUGGUUACAACAACAAGACAUUGAGUUGCAUCAAUGCUUGGGUUGUCGAGGAUGAAAUGGGAGGCGUAAUCUUCCCAAGCCAUCAGGCAUCGAGUUGCAGUGAUGCUUGGUUUGUCGAGGAUAAAGUGGGAGGUGUCAUGUGCCCAAUCCAUAGUCCUCAUUGUGGGAUAUGGUUUUGAAGGUGGCAAGGAUCAUUGGAUUGUGAACAAUUCAUUGGAUUGUGAACAUAUGCAUAAAAACACUGGCUCAUCGUCAGGUAUCUAUGGCAUAAACAUGAUGGCAUCGUUCCCUACAAAAACAAGCCCGAAUCCUUCUCCUUCACCAGACCCUGGCCCAACCAAAUGCAGCGUUUUUACCUCCUACCCUGAAGGAUCCACCUGUUGUUGCUCCUGGCGUGCCUUGGGAUUCCGCCUUUCCUGGAGCUCCUGUGAACUGGAUAAUGCAGUUUGCGCCAGCGAUAACCGUUCUUGUUGCCCCCAUGACUAUCCUAUACGUGACACGGCUAGGGGGCGUUGCUUGAAGGGUAAUGGCAAUUUCUCAAGUAUAGAAGGAAUCAAGAGGAAGCAAGCUUUCUCCAAGGUUCCCUCUUGGAAUGGUUUGUUGGAAUUGUUGGGUCAGUGAGCAUACAAAGAAGGGACGGAUCACAGAGACAAGCAGAUGCUGGAUAUGCUAUAUGAGCACUUCAGUCUAACAUCAUCACUGUUUCUCAAGUAGAAGAAAAAAAUGGUUAGACUAUUUACAAGUUUUCGAGAAGUCCACUAAAGAACAUCACGGUCUCAUUCCAAGAACAUUCUUCAUUAAGUCAACUUCGGCACCAAUAUUUUUUGUAAACAGAGGAUGCCAUUUUUUUGGAAGAUGAUGAAUAUUUUCAAGAAGAAAAAAUGACUUCCCUUUUUAUUUAUUUUGCAUGUUAAACAUUGCCCGAUAUGUUUACCACUACAUGUAUUACUUAAAGGAACUAAGUUAUUCUUAGAAUUCUGGCCGUGCUAUUUGGAAUUUCAAACAUGUUAUAUUGUGCAAUAUAGAAAUGAAUAAACUAUUGAUUUAUCCA